AAAAAACGCCCUUGAAAGAAGUUAAGAAUAAGAGAGAGAAUACAGCAAUUGGCGUGUGGCGUAUGUUGGGUCGCAGAGGAGCACAGCCAAACCCUCACACACACACACACUGCUUCAUUCAAUUGUAAUUUGUAGCCCACAACACCAACCAUAGCCGUCCGAUGAACCCGUAAAACAACGGUUAACACUUCUCCAUCAGAUUCCUCUUUCAAUUUCCAGGCGUCGCUCCCUCCCUUCAUCAUCGCCAUCAUCCUUCCUUUCUCUUUUUUUACUAAUUUCUAAAAUUAUUAAAAAUUCCUUUUAUUUUUUUAAAAAAGAAAAAAAAAAGAAAAAAGAGGGGGCGAACGAAUGGAACUUGCAGUGAAGGUGGCUGAAGCUGUUCAUGUGCUGAACCACGAUACCCAAUCGUGCAACCGCGUCGCAGCGAAUCAGUGGCUCGUUCAGUUCCAGCAAACACACGCCGCCUGGGACGUUGCCACCGCCAUCCUCACCGCCGAUCGCCGCCACAACCCUCUCCCCUCCAAUUUCGAGGUGGAGUUCUUCGCUGCCCAGAUUCUCAAACGCAAGAUACAAAAUGAAGGCUAUCUACUGCAAUUAGAAGCUAAGGAUGCUUUGCUAAAUGCCCUUCUUGUUGCAGUCAGGAGAUUCAGUACUGGGCCUCCCCAGCUUUUAACACAGAUUUGUCUUGCACUCUCUGCCCUUGUUCUUCAAGUUGUUGCGCAUGGAAACCCAAUUCAGCAGCUUUUUUACAGUCUGCAGAAUUUGCAGAGCCAGGAUAAUGGUAAUAUUGCCGUCCUGGAGAUGCUCACUGUCCUGCCAGAGGAAGUUGUUGAUAAUGAACGACCUGAUUCUAAAAUUAGUUCAUUACAAAAAAGCCAUUAUACACAAGAGCUUCUAUCGCAUACGCCUAUGGUUCUUGAUUUCUUGCUGCAACAAUCUGAACUAAGUUUUGAUGGUUCUGUGCAACAGCAUGAAAGGAAUCGGAAAAUUUUGCGUUGCUUAUUGAGCUGGGUUAGAGCAGGAUGCUUCUCGGAGAUUUCCCAGGGAACAUUGCCAGCUCACCCACUUCUGAAUUUUGUGUUCAACUCAUUGCAGGUACCUUCCUCAUUUGAUUUGGCCGUUGAAGUACUCAUUGAACUUGUGAGUAGACAUGAGGGAGUGCCUCAAGGUCUGUUAUGCAGAGUACAUUAUCUAAAGGAAGUACUUCUCCUUCCAGCUCUUACUAGAGGAGACAUGAAAAUAAUUGGGGGCCUUGCAUGCUUGUUGUCAGAAAUUGGGCAGGCUGCUCCGUCCCUUAUAGUAGAAGGAAGUCCAGAAGCCCUUGCAUUGGCAGAUGCACUCCUGAGCUGCGUGGCAUUUCCAUGUGAAGAUUGGGAGAUUGCAGACUCUACACUGCAGUUUUGGUCCUCUCUUGCAAGCUAUAUCCUUUGCCUUGAUGAGGAUGGUGCAAAACAUAGGAAACAUGUGGAGGAAACUUUUUCACCUGUCUUCUCAGCAUUACUUGAUUCAUUGUUGUUGCGAUCUCAGGUGGAUGAUUCUACAUACAAUGAUGACAGAAGAGUGAUUGAGUUGCCUGAUGGUCUUGUCCAUUUCAGGAUGAAUCUAGUAGAACUUUUUGUGGAUAUAUGUCACCUUUUAGGAUCUUCCAUAUUUAUACAAAAGCUCUUUAUUGCUGGGUGGGCAUCUCCAAAUCUACCAAUCCCUUGGAAGGAAGUGGAAAGCAAGCUGUUUGCUCUUAAUGCUGCCGCUGAUGUGAUAAUACAGAAUGGCCAGAGUUUUGAUUUCUCUAUGGUCAUGCAGAUUGUGACCAUGUUGUCCACAAAGCCGUCAGAUGGGUUGAAGGGUUUCAACUGCAUUGUAUACAGAUCUCUAGCAGAGGUGAUUGGUUCCUAUUCUAAGUGGAUAUCAUCUUUUAAGGAAAAUUUUAGGCCCUUGUUAUUAUUUCUUGCUAUAGGGAUUUCAGAGCCUCUAUCCUCAAAUGCUUGUGCAUCUACCCUGCGGAAAGUCUGUGAGGAUGCUUCUAUAGUAAUUUAUGAACCUUCAAAUUUGGAAGUUCUGAUGUGGAUAGGGGAGGGGCUAGACAAGUGGCAUUUAUCAAUGGAAGAUGAGGAAGAAGUAAUGAAUGCUAUAAGUCUGAUCCUUAGUUCUGUUCCCAACAGAGAACUGAAGAGCAACUUAUUGGCUAGAUUUCUUUCUUCUAGCUAUGAAGCAAUUGGGAAACUUGUUGAUCCAGAGACCAGCCAUUCUCUUAAGCAGAGCCCUGCUUCCUAUAUGCAAGUUUUGAAUGCUGCCUCUAGAGGGUUACACAGAAUGGGAACUGUAUUCAAUCAUCUUUCUAUAUCUGCGGUGGCUGAACCUGCUGCAGAUGACUCCAUACUUUCACUCUUACGGGUCUUCUGGCCCAUCUUGGAGAAAGUUUUUAGCUCUGAACAUAUGGAGAGUAGUAAUUUAUCCAUGGCAGCCUGCCGAGCUCUUUCGCUAGCUAUUCAAUCUUCAGGUCAGCAUUUUGCAACAUUAUUGCCGAAAGUGCUGGAUUGGCUUUCAACAAAUUUUGUUUUGUACCAAAGUCAUGAGUAUUACAUAAGAACCGCUUCCAUUGUCAUUGAGGAGUUUGGUCACCGAGAGGAGUAUGGACCUUUAUUUGUCACCACAUUUGAAAGGUUUACUCAUGCAGCUUCUGUAAUGGCUCUAACUUCCUCCUACAUAUGUGACCAAGAACCUGACUUAGUGGAGGCCUACACCAAUUUUGCCUCUACAUUUAUUCGUUCCUGUAACAAGGAUGCCCUUUCAUCCUGUGGUUCUCUUCUUGAAGUUUCUAUCCAAAAAGCUGCUAUAUGCUGCACAGCAAUGCACCGCGGAGCUGCCCUGGCCGCAAUGUCAUAUUUAUCUUGUUUCUUAGACGUGGGCCUUGUCACGCUGUUAGAACAUAUUAAUUGUAUUCUUGAAGGGUCAUUCAACGCCACAACCAUCCAUGUCAUUUCUCACAGUGGUGAGGGGCUUGUAUCCAAUGUGGUAUAUGCUUUACUUGGUGUAUCUGCAAUGUCCCGGGUUCACAAAUGUGCAACAAUUCUUCAACAACUGGCUGCAAUUUGCACAUUAUCCGAAAGAACAACAUUGAAGUCUAUACUUUGCUGGCAAACUCUGCAUGGAUGGCUACAGUCAGCAGUUCAGGCUCUUCCUGCUGAGUACCUAAAUCAUGGAGAAGCGGAGACCUUGGUGCCACUUUGGUCAAAGGCCCUUGUCGAUGCAGCCGCUGAUUAUCUCGAGAGCAAGAACUCCAAUGGAUUGAAGAGUAAUUACGGGCAUAUGCAAGGGAAGGGUGGCAGAGUUUUAAAGCGCCUUGUUCGGGAAUUUGCCGAUUCUCACCGGAAUAUACCAAAUCUAACUUGAAGACAUGACAAUGUGAAUUGUGAGAAUUAGCUCAUGCAUUACAGCAAUCAGCUUCAAAGAAAGUUGACCGAGGCACCUUACCUGUAUCAAUUGUUGUAGAGUGAUGAGGUAUGUAUAGUCAGUCAUAUUUUGUCCAAUCUGGUGCCCUACCGUUCAAAAUGCCUCACCAUUUUCCAUUACUAUAUUUGUGUAAUUUUCCCUCUCUGUACAGUACACAUCCCACAAUUUUGGCCCUCAAAAUCAGGUUAGGAAAAAUGCCCACCUCCUUUUGAAAUUGUACAGGAUAUCCGUGAAGGAAUAUCCAGAGAUGGAAUUAGAAAUUUUGAAGGGAAGGAAACUCAUGAAACUACUUGAAUAAUUGUAAUAGUAGGAAUUAGUUUUAGCAUAAUAAAUGAUGAUUAGAUCCCUCAAAUAAGAAGAUAAUUUGAAGGGAGAAUUUUCUUUUUUUCAUCUAGAAAAAUACUGAAAUAGAAUAAACCAAACCGAGGAUAACACAUGAAAGGCAGUUUAACUGAAAAAACACGUGUGUUUAUAUAUAUAACUAUAUACUAAAGA